AUGCCGCACUCAUCGCAAAUCAAGUACCCGAUUGUUCUGUCCGGCAAACACCCGCUGUCUGCUCUACUGGCUAGCAGUCCUCACAUUAGCCUGCUACACGCAUGGCCACAACUCCUGCUAGCCACUCUCCGUCAGAAGCUCUGGAUCCUUGGCGGCAGAAAUCUUGUCAAUCCUGCUCUUUAUUUAUCUCACUCAGCGACCGUAUCACAGAUUUGCAAUCAAGCCCAGGAUUCCGACAUAAUUGUCACCGUAGGUGAUUACAAUCUUCCUGAGUUGACGUGGUCAUUCGACGAAGACAUAAGUACUUUACUUCCAAUUAACGCCUCAUCGGAGCAAGAGAUUGCCCUUGUCGAAUCGAUGGUUGCCUCUGGAUUGCAUCAGAUCAACUCCCUGCAUAAUUCAAAUGGCCGUAUUCUUGACCUGGCAUUCGUUAACGAGCCCAACAUAAUUGAAUUUCUUGAACCACCUACUUCCCUACUUCGUAUCGACAACCAUCAUAAACCGUUUGUUCUUCGGAUCAGUGUGAAUGACAACAACAGAAAUACCGAUGUUCCGAAUCACGACGACGGAUUUGACUUCCGACACUGCAACUUUGCUGAUCUUAACAACGCCAUUUUGUCUAUCGACUGGACAGACUCCUUCAAUGGCAAGAACACUGAUGAAACCGUAUGCGUUUUCUAUGACAAACUAUAUGGUAUCUUAAACGAGUACGUACCGCGGAGACGAAAGUCAAUUUCCUUCAAACAUCCCUGGUGGACAUCAGAGCUGCAACAGCUCCGGAACGCACUACGGAAAGCUCGCAAACGAUUCUUUCGCACACGUUCUGCAGACAACUGGAACAGCCUCCGCUCAAUAGAAUCAAGCUACACCGAACGUCAAGAAGCCGUAUUCCGUGACUAUGUCGCUCGCCUGGAAGAAACUGCUAAACACAAUCCGUCCUCGUUUUGGUCGUUCAUACGCAAUCGUAGGCCAUCAAAUGCCAUUCCGACUGACUUGACAUUAAAAAAUCGCUCAUCUGAUACACCGGAAAAUUCUGCAAACCUUUUCGCCGAUUAUUUUAAGGGAGUGCACUGUUCUUCUUCACCGAAUUUCGCUCCUGAAAGUCUAGGAAACAUUCUUGCUUUCGAUCUAAAUCUACCACCUUUAGUAGUUUCGCAAAACGAUGUCCUCGCAAUAUUGAAGAAAUUAGACAUUUCAAAAGGACCUGGUAGGGAUAGGCUUUCGCCGAUGUUCAUCAUUGAGUGCGCUGUGUCAUUGCAGGCACCGUUGGCAGUGAUCUUCAAUAAGUCACUGCAUGAGGGAUCAUUCCCUGAACUAUGGAAAACGGCCGCCAUCACUCCGAUAUUUAAAUCGGGUGACAAACACGAAGUCGAAAACUACCGAGCCGAUAUAGACAAACUCCAACUGUGGUGUUCGGAAAAUGGAAUGGCUCUCAACAUAAGCAAAUGCAAAGCUAUAUCGUUUUCUCGACGAAAUACACGUAUCGAAAGUGGGUAUACGAUAGGUUCCACUCAAUUAGAAAGUGUAGAUUUGAUCCGCGAUUUCAAGUUUCGUUUUAAUGAGCACAUCAGCAUGACUACAGCGAAAGCAUUUGCUGCAUUGGGUUUCAUUCGUCGAUAUACAAAGGACUUCACGGACAUCUAUGCACUCAAAGCACUGUACUGUUCAACGGUGCGAAGUAUCUUGGAGUAUGCAAUACGCCCUCCCUCGGCUUCACUGGAAUGA